AUUUAUGUAUUACAAGAUUUGAUAUUUCUAGAGAAAAAUACAGAGGAAAAUUGCAAAUUUGACAAGCAAAAACCAAGAAUAAUUUGAAAAGCAAUAGAAGCAAAUACUUAAUUUGGUAUUAAGGAGUUUGUCCUUCCAACAAGAUAACUCAGACCCAUUUACGGACUGCGUAACAAAAAGAAUAAUUAGUUGAUCUUUCUUUAUCCAAUUUACCUUAAGUUGAAACAUCUCAACCAACAGAAAAAACCAACAUAGUUUUAUUUUAUAAGACAAACAAACAAGCGCACAAAUAAGUGCAUUUUUGAAGAAAGAAGUGCCUGCGGCAGGUAGAAAUCAGAAGACAAAGCAAACAAAAUGAUCAAUUGGAAGCUCCUGUGGCCAGAAUAUCCAGCAUUGCAACCAGAAUGGGCCAUGGAAGAUAUCCAUUUAGCGUUCUUCAAGUGUCUAAGAUGGCAGGUUGAAGAGACCAUGGAUCCUAUCAAUUGCCCUUACCACUAUUUCUGUGAUAGCACUUAUGCUGGUAACUAUUCACCUGCUGUGGAUAUCGCUGCUCUUAUGUUAACAACCAUUUCAUACUUGGCAACUCUAGUCGUUAUGGUCAUGGACAUAUCAAGGAGAGGUCAAAAUGGUGGUCUAUCAAAGAGAUGUUUGCUGCCUUCUGGUCCAGUUUCGCUCCCACUGAUCCUUUUGGCCCUAGUCAAGGGACGCAGAAUCAACACCAUAUUUCCUCUAUCAUGCACUGGCCCUGCAAUCCUCCAACUGAUUCACAUUUCUGCACUCAGCUUUGACAAUGAAGCUGUUAAGGAUAUCAAGUAUGUUUUCUUAGAGGCAUCAACAAUUUCUGGAAUCUUGCAUGCAAGUCUGUACUUGGAUUCUAUUAUCUUACCGUAUUAUACUGGAGUGGAUGCUCUGGUUUCAUCAACAUUUUCGGGUGAGUGUUUAUCUUGUGUUUGUCGUAAAGAUGUUUUAGUAGCUGGAGGAACUAUUGUAUCCUACCGAGGGUGGUCAGUGACCACAUUUUUGGUUGUGGCUGCCCUGUGUUUAAGGAUGAUUAGUAGAAUGCCUGGAGGUAAAACUAGAAAAAUCAUACUAGUCAGGUCGGUGAUAGAGACUUUAUGCUGGAUCCUGAUAACUACUGAUUGUGUAUAUCUAUCAAGAAAUUCCCCACCAGAGAGACUGGUAUUGAGAGUUGCUGCUUUUGGAGGCAUCUUUAUUUUGAUUUGCCUUCACGUACUUAAAAAAGCAUGCACUCAGAUCACACAAUGGCAGCGUAUAAAAAACAUAGGACAAGUGCCAUUUGCAUUAAAGCCCAAUAGAUAGGUGACAAGAAGAAACAUAUAUCUUCAGAAGCUAAGGAUUCUAUUGAUGAAAAUAAAUAUGAAUGUUCUUCUACAGCUAAUCUUAUCUUUUCCCACUGUUCAAUUUACAAAUUUAAUAACAAAGAGAUCCAAGAGGGGGUAUAAAUCUAAGUCAAAAUGCACCAGCAUAUAGAGGGAGACAACAGAUUUCAGGGACUGCAAAUCGUAAUAGAUAUCAGAUCUCUUUGACAAAUAUGCUCCUGCCACAUAUAGAAAACAAUCUAGAGAGUGAAAUUCCCAAGUGAAUCACAAGAAGAACCUCCUUCUGCUAGUGUCCAUUUCUGGCUAAUUUUCAAAUGGGUAAGGAAAAAAAAAAAAAAAAUUACAGAAAGAAGAAUUAAGAGGCAUCGAGGAGUUUUUGUUAGGAGGAAAUCUAUCAGAUCGAUAGGCCAAAAUAAAUGAACGAUAAGAAGAAUACCUUGUGAACCCACUAAUAUUCCCCGCCUUUAGUAUUAAAUGUUCCAUGCUGCAGACUCACAAACUUCAAUGUGAAACGAGGGUCACACUCCCAUGGUUUUUUGAAUAAAACAUUGUAUCAAGACUUAUUCAUAACCAGCUAGCAUGAAUGGUGACAAAUACCAUUUCGUAAAUAAAAACAUAAGUACAAAUGCACGUAAAAAAUUUAUCAUUU